AUGUCUGAUCACAGAAACUAUUCACCUGUGGGUUCUGGCAACGGUGGCGGUUACGGUGGCGAUUGGUCAGAUGACGAGUAUUCUUUACGCAACCAUGGACGAGAGAAAUUUCGACGAGAAAGAAGUAUUGAACGUGAUCCUUCGUUUGGUCGAGAUGAAUUCGAUCGCUACGACCGUAAGAAACGACAUCGACGCAGCCUUACACCUCCAGAUGAACGUAGACACAUAAAGCGACGUCCUUCACCCCAUGGCGAUUAUGGACGUUCAAGGCAUGACAGAGAUAUGCGUGAUCCCUAUGACCACCACGAUGGCGAUCACUACAUUCCCAACUAUGAUCGCGAUGGCUAUGCACCUGCUCCACGAUACAGCAGCUUACCUGAAGCACAAGGAUUUGGUUAUCCAAUGAUGGGUAAUGAACCCAUGGCAAUGAUAAGUGGUGGUGGUGGGGGCGGAUGGCAAUCGAUGGGAAGGAUGCCAUCGGUGGAUCUCGAUCAGUUGGAUUAUAUCGUUUCAUUCAAGCAAUUCUGUGAACACCUUCGAAGCGUACAUUCACGAAGCCACUUUGAUGACGACGAGUUACAAAAGCGCUAUCAGCAUUAUAAGGAGAAGGUUCAGGCACGACAACUUGGCAAUUUCUUCAACAGCAACAAAGACAAGCAAUGGUUCUUGGAAAAGUAUCAUCCUACAGCAUCACGAGAUCGUAUCGAGGAUAUGAAACGACGUCGACGAGACAACCAAACGCAAUUCUUGGCGGAUCUUGAGAAAGGACAAUACGAUGACAUCAAUUACGACGCACCAGCCAAGAGCGCUACCAAUGAUGCAGAGGGCAAUGGAGAGGACAACAAUGAUGCCGCUGAUAAGCAAGAGUCAACACCAGCAACCGAUGAUCAGGAAUAUGAGAAUCAACUUGUCAUCAAAACAGUACCACCCACUAUUGCACGGCAACGGAUUAUUGAGAUGUGCAAUGGAGUGGAUGGAUUUGAAUACGUUGUGUUAUCAGAGCCAAGCCCCACCAAAAAGUUCCAUCGUAUCGGCUGGAUCCACUUCAAGGAAGGAACUGACAUGCAAAAGGCGUUCAAUGAGCUCGACAACCAAAAAAUUGAUGACUUUGUCUUUCAUCUUGCCAUGAAUCCCAAAAAGCAGCAACAAAAACGCACAUCCAAGGUCACAUUUGACAUUGCAUCUACACCACGACGCUUGCAAAAGGAUCUUGAUCAGGCCAAAGAGUUAUGUGAUGCUCUCGAAUUAGAGCUUGGCAACGAUUCAAAUGGUGUCCAGACCGUGUGUGAGCGUGCCAAACAUGUGAUUGCCAACAACAAGCCUGAGGAUAUUGAGGAUGAGGAAUGGGCAUUGAAGAAGGAAUUGGAUAUGGUGCUUGCCUAUUUGCGUCACGUGUUCAUGUAUUGCUACUAUUGUUCGCUCGAAUGCGAUUCACUGGAAGAGAUCAACCGUCGAUGUGCAGAGCCCCAUCAGCGCAAACCACUUGGAACUUCGUCCGAUGAAACCACGGAUCCUAAACAGGCCGCCAAAAAUGAAAAGAGUGCCAACCAAUGGCUCAAGAACCUGGACCAAAGAAUUGGAAUGAGAAUCCAUACACCCGAUGACCAUGAAUUGGAAAGAUUAGGUGGCAAGGUUUUGGAAAAGGAGACGGGCGCAUUCAUCAAGGAACAUGUACUCAAAGAACACGAGGCCAAGUUCAAGUGUCGAGUAGGCGAUUGUGCCAAGGCUUUCAAGGGUUUGGAGUAUGUUGAGAAGCACAUUCAUGCCAAACAUCCUGAAGAGAUCAAUGCAAUCAAGGAAGAGGUGACCUAUUACAACAACUAUGUAUGCGAUCCAAGCCAUUUACUUCCUGCAAGUACCCAUGGAGGCGGUAGUGGUGGAGCUAACAACAUGACUGGAAUGAACAAUGGUGUGCCAUUUGGUAUGCAAUCGUUUGUGAUGCCCCCUGGUAUGCGACCACCACCAGCUAUGCAGGCCGCAGCUCUUGGCACACCUUGGGAUCAGAUACCCCGUAUUGGAUUUGACGCUGGAUGGGGAGGUCGACGACGUUCCACAAAAGGCAUCAAUGACAGAUUGGGUUCACGAGGAAUGGAUUUGGAUGAGCCAAUGCCACGUGAUCCGCGUCAAGUGAAAUCGUAUGUUGAUUUGGAUGCUCCUGCAGAAGGAGAGGCCGACAUCUCAUUCUAUUAA